CAGGCCAUUACCGCAUCAGAUAACAUGUAGUUAUCUAUAAAGUGGGAUUGAAAGAUCGUCGCGUUGAGCCUUUCUUUCUUCUCCUGAGUUCAAUCAUCAAGAGGCUAAGAGGAAGCUGAAUCAAAAGCAAGGAUGCGUGACAUCGCCUCCAUUUCGUUCUUCCUUCUCGUAGCACCCCUCGGUACCCUCGCCGCCCCAACACCUUUCGAGGAUGUGAUUUCAAGUAGAGUCCACCAAGCAAGAGCAGUAGUAACCCCAGCGCCAUGCCAACCGCAACUCAGCCCUCCUCCCACCGAGCAGGAAUCAGCCGAACGUUUCGAGAACUUCGCCCACGCUUUUCUUGAAACCAAGAACUUGACUGAAGCGUUUGAGUACAUUGAUGCUACCGCCAACGGCCCCAACGCUGCUCUCGAUGCCCUCGGUCCUUACUGGGACUCGAUCCAGAUCACCCCGUUGAGAAGAACGUUCAAAGGCGAGUUUGGAUGGUUGAACUAUCGGACCAAUUACUUUGGCGAGAUUGUUGAUAGGUAUCGCAUGGAGGGUGGGUGUAUUGUUGAGCAUAAUGGCAGUUUCACCUGGAUAUCCACCGUCCUUUCAAUCACCUCAAUGACUACGAAGCGUACACCAAUGGCUAGUCGACCUAAAAGACCUCCCAGUCUUCAGGCUCAUUCAUAUGUCGUAGAUGUACGCAUGCCCCAGCCACGUAUAGCUUGGAAUUCCAGUCUCUCCAACACUUUUUCCCGAUGGCAUAUUUCCCCCUGAUCAGACGCGCAUCACCUCUGACCGCCACAAUACGAUUUAUAAUCUCAGCAUGGCCGGGAAUCAACCCAAACAUGCCAUCAAUCGUAAUACAAAACUUCGAACCCUUCUGUCGCCAGUCACAACGUGGAAAAACUGAUCAGCAGCGUGCC